AUGACCUACAACCAUAACGUCUACCAAGCACAACUGCCAGGCCCUGAAGAGGACAUAGCAGUUGAGUCCGAUGACUACCAGAAGACCAGCCAUGGCAAGGUUCAAUGCACUGAUAGUAUACUGGAAGCCGAAGGAAAAUUCCUCCACUUUAGAACUCUUUGGGCAUUCACCGGUCCUGGAUUCUUGAUGAGCAUCGCCUAUUUGGACCCGGGCAACCUUGAGUCUGAUAUACAAGCUGGCGCUGCUGGUGGGUACCAACUGCUUUGGGUCCUACUCUGGAGUACGAUAGUCGGUCUUUGGCUUCAAAUGUUGGCCUCCCGUCUUGGUACUGUCACUGGUAUGCAUCUGGCUGAGCACUGUCGUCAACACUACCCAAGGACUGCACGUAUCCUCCUGUGGAUCAUGACUGAGCUUGCCAUCAUAGGAUCCGAUAUCCAAGAGGUCAUCGGUACAUCCAUCGCCAUCAACAUUCUGUCCAACGGCCAUAUCCCACUUUGGGCUGGUGUGUUGAUCACUGCCGCCGACACUUUCACUUUCCUCAUGCUAGAGAACUAUGGUAUCCGAAAGCUUGAGGCCUUCUUCUGCAGUCUGAUAGCCAUCAUGGGCAUCACGUUUGCCAUCGAGUAUGGCAUCAGCAAGCCUGAUCAGCUCAAGGUGCUUGAAGGUUGCAUCAUUCCGAUGGUAUCCAAACAGAACGUAACCAUGGCCGUUGGUAUCCUGGGCGCGGUCAUCAUGCCACACAACAUCUAUCUGCACUCUGCAUUGGUCCAGUCUCGUGACUUUGACCGUUCAGACAAGCGCCAGAUUCGUAUUGCCAACAAGUACUUUGGUAUCGAGAGUGCAAUCGCCCUAUUCAUCUCAUUCAUUCUCAACCUUCUGGUCGUCUCGCUCUUUGCCGUGGGCUUCCAGGGUGUUGACAACAUUGGUCUUUCGUCCGCUGCCACCUUCCUCGGUGAGAAGUAUGGCCAGUUUGCUAAAUAUAUUUGGGCCGUCGGACUGCUGGCAGCAGGCCAAUGCUCUACAAUGACAGGUACCUAUGCCGGUCAGUUUGUUAUGGAGGGUUUCUUGAACCUCAAGAUCAGACCAUGGAAGCGACUCCUCAUCACUCGUUGUUCGGCCAUCGUUCCAGCCAUCUGUGUUGCCAUCCUUUCACAAAACCAUCUUGACUCACUUGACGAGUGGCUGAACGUUCUCCAAAGUGUCCAACUCCCAUUUGCCAUCCUUCCAGUUCUCUACUUCACAUCAAGAGCGGAUGUGAUGGGAGAGGAAUUUAAGAACCAUUGGCUCAACAAUAUAUUUGUUAGAGUCCUGUCCGUACUUAUUAUUGGUAUCAACAUCUACUUGAUUGUUCAGGCAACUAUCCAGUUGUCAACGGCAUGGUGGAUGAUCACUAUCCUGGUCAUAGGAUUCCUAUUCUACUUUGCAUUUAUUAUAUACUUGGCACUUGGUCCAAGAAAGUCAGCUGAGCUGGCGCAGAGAGCCCGCGCUCUAUUUGGAGUCAGUAGUGUUGGUCAGGACUCAUCCUACGAUCGUCUUGAUGAGACAUCCUCUCCAAUCACCAUCAACUCCACAAUUUAA